AUGCCACACGGGUGUUUUUACCACUUGGCCGCAAAUGAUGGGUCUGCACCAGAGUAUUUACCUCAGGUCGAACUGGACGCGCACGCGACUAUUCUCGCGACCAACUCGCGGACCAUCGUGACUCAGACGUUCGUGAACCCUUCGUCCACAGAGGCUGUUUCCGAAGUCUUCUAUUCUUUCCCGCUGUAUGAAAGCUCCAGUGUCGUCGGCUUCACUUGUCGCAUUGCCGAUACUGUAAUCAAGGGAAGAGUCGAGCCCAAAGCGAAAGCGACCGAGGUUUACGAGGAGGCCAAGUCCAAGGGCAUCUCUGCCGCUAUUCUCAAUCGCUCGGUUGAUGCUGCCGAUGUGUUUAGCACCCGUAUAGGGAAUAUCCCCGCAGCGGGAACUGUUGUUAUUGAGAUCACGCUGAUCGCAGAGUUGACCCAGGACGCGCAAACUGAUGGGAUUCGAUACACGAUUCCUUCUACCAUUGGACAUCGCUACGGAACUAGAAAUGCUAACUCAGAUCCGCCCCCAGGGGCCCUGACAAAGACAGCGAUCAAGAUAGAUUUUGUGAUGGAGAAGGGCUCGAAUAUUCGCAGCGUACGGUCCCCAAGCCACCCAAUUCAGGUGGACUUAGGACGAGUAUCGGAUAUGCCACAUUCAGCAUUCGAAUCUCAUCUUGCCUCGAUCAAACUCCAUCAAAAUGCAGUCAUUGCAGAGGACUUCGUCAUCACUGUCAACGCAGAUAAACAAGACCUCCCCUUCGCGCUCCUAGAAACACAUCCCGAUCUUCCAGAUCAAAAGGCUUUAAUGGUCUCUUUGGUACCAAAAUUUAAUCUCCCCUUGGAAUCCUCUGAGAUCGUGUUUGUCAUUGAUCGCAGUGGAAGCAUGGAAGACAAAAUCCCAACCCUGCGAUCGGCGCUCGAACUGUUCCUCAAAUCCCUUCCAUUGGGUGUUCCUUUCAACAUAGUAUCAUUUGGCUGUUCUCACCAAAGCUUGUGGCCGCGAAGCAAAAUGAGCACCCCGGAAAGCCUGACACAGGCUCUUCAAUACACGAAACGCGUAAAAGCCGAUAUGGGAGGAACCGAGAUUCUGGUGGGCCUCGAGGCAGCCGUCGGGAACCGCUACCAAGACAAGACUCUUGAAGUGUUGCUCCUUACGGACGGUGGGGCUUGGAAUCAAUAUGCAAUCUUUGAGUUUGUCAAAAAGGCGAACCAGAAUGAUUCCACACGAUUCUUCACCCUUGGUAUCGGAAACGAUGCAUCCCAUGCCCUCGUCAAUGGUGUUUCCAGGGCAGGUAAGGGAUUCUCCCAAGCAGUUCUCAACAAUGAGGAUUUGAACAAGACAGUUGUUCGAAUGCUCAAGGGCGCCAUGAUGCCACGGCUACAUGACACCAGGCUGGAUGUGAAAAUUCCUGAGCUUGAGGAAGACUUCGUGCACAUUGAAAUGCCGAGCAACCAUCAGAAGCCUGCGGAAACACAGAAGCCAAUGUCUCUCAUUAGCCAAGACAGUGAAACUGAACCAACACCCGGAGACUUGCGUGAAGCACUUCCUGCACUGACCGUACCGAGUAUUCUUCAAGCCCCCGCAAAUCUUCCGGCUCUCUUCCCAUUCAUUCGCUCUAACAUAUACCUUCUUCUCUCGCAUGCGUCCGCAGAAUUUCCAGAGACAAUUACACUCCGUGCAGACAGCAAGCACGGUCCACUUGAGCUGGAAAUUCCUGUUCAAGAUGUCGGUAAAGGACAGACGAUCCAUCAGCUUGCGGCCAAGAAGGUUGUUACUGAGCUCGAAGAGUCCCAAGGCUGGAUUAAUUCAGCAAGGGAUAUCCAAGGCAAGUUGAUCACAAGUAAAUGGGAGAGCCGUGUUGCCGAGCUAAACCAGAGAGAAUGCGAGCGACUUGGUCUGAGGUUCCAGGUCGCAGGAAAACACUGUUCAUUCGUCGCAGUGGAUGACGAACCCCCGGUUGAGGCCGACCAUUACUCAGAAGAUUCUCCGGUAUGCAAAUAUGCUGAUAUUUGGAAAUUUGAAACCGUUCAAGUUGACCGCAGAAUGCUGAUUAUCGAUGACCAGAUGCCUGUGCAGAUGAAAAGAAAAAAGGCCAAGAGAUCAGCCAAGUUCAGCGCAAAAAGGCUAGCAAUGACCACCUCACCGUGUGAUAUACCAGACUCUCCGCCACAUGAAGACAUUGGUUAUAGCCUGUUCGAGAGCUAUUCGCCUAAAAGCCCGCAAUAUGCCCCAACAAGCCCGGGUUUCUCUCCUGCGAGUCCACAUCACACCCCUACAAGUCCAAGUUUCUCUCCUACCGGUCCGUCGCCAUAUGACCCCACGAGCCAGUCUGGCCCACACAGCCUGCAUUACCCUCAGAGCCCGCAGUUUGCCCCCACUAGUCCGGGUUACUCCCCUGCGAGCCCCAGUUGGUCACCUCCAGCUCCCCCAGUCUUUUCCAAUGGCGAAGAAGAUGACGAGGAAGACACCCACUAUGGCAAUGAAGCAGACAUCGCGUCAAACAUGCCACCAUUGAACAAACUCAUCAGCCUGCAGUCCUUUACAGGCUACUGGGAAAUGAGUGACGUGCUUUUCCAGACCAUGGGCUUGAAUCCGACCAUCUUCCGCGCUAAUGUCAAAGAUCAACACGAGACCUCAAAGGCCGCUGAGACGGACCCAGUGACUGGGCUUCAAGAUUGGUGGAACAUACUUGCCACUUCCAUUGUGUGCCUGUUCCUGGAGAUGAGAGAGUCCAAAUCAAGGGAUGUUUGGGAGCUGAUGAAGAUCAAAGCAGAGAACUGGGUGCAAGCCCAACUGAAUGCGCUCUGCUCUGUGGAUCGGAAAGCUGUGACAGCGCUCAUUGACGGACUGCCUAAGUUUGAAGUAUCCUAG